GUAGCACGCCGCCCACAUUUCCGUUUCCGCCGCCGCCGCCGCCUGGUUCUCCGGGCCGUGGCUGCUUCGUGUUUCGGGUUUCUGCAUCAUGUCGGGUGGCUUACUGAAGGCGCUGCGCAGCGACUCCUACGUGGAACUCAGCGAGUAUCGGGACCAGCACUUCCGGGGUGACAAUGAAGAACAAGAAAAGUUACUGAAGAAAAGCUGUACAUUGUAUGUUGGAAAUCUGUCCUUUUAUACAACUGAAGAACAGAUUUAUGAACUCUUCAGCAAAAGUGGUGAUAUAAAGAAGAUCAUCAUGGGUCUGGAUAAACUGAAGAAAACGGCGUGUGGAUUCUGUUUUGUGGAGUACUAUUCGAGAGCGGAUGCAGAGAACGCAAUGCGGUACAUAAACGGGACGCGUCUGGAUGACCGGAUCAUACGGACAGACUGGGAUGCAGGCUUUAAGGAGGGCAGGCAGUAUGGGCGUGGACGGUCUGGGGGCCAGGUUCGGGAUGAGUAUCGGGAGGACUACGAUGCUGGAAGAGGCGGCUAUGGAAAACUGGCACAAAAACAGUGAGCGGGGCGAGCCCCAAGUUCACAGCUCACAGUCCGUGCACACAGCUGACGAUGCUGGAAACAUUACCCAAGGUCUCUGCAUCAGUGACUGUUGUACUGGGAGCCACUUCUGGUUUUCCUCUGAAAUAUUAAAAGACAGAAUCCAAAGAAUGCCUUUAAUUCUAGUGUUAUUAGGAUGAUUUUCUGUUACUAGGUCAAAAACUGUACUUGGGCAACAGACACAAUCUGUGCUGAUUAAACUGUCAACUGGAUACCACACUUUUAGGGAGACUGGACAAAAUGUCAGAAUUGACUUUACAAGCAGGUUGGUAAUCUUUAUGAGGACAGAGAUGAUUUUCUACAUUUUAAGUUUUCGUGGCUUUUUUUUGGGGGGGGGGGGGGGUUGAGUCAGGGUUUCUCUGUAUAGCCCUGGCUGUCCUGGAACUCACUCUGUAGACCAGGCUGGCCUCGAACUCAGAAAUCUGCCUGCCUCUACCUCCCAAGUGCUGGAAUUACAGGCAUGCGCCCCCACACCUGGCAAGUGUUCAUGUUUAUCAGUGAGGUUUUGCUAUAGUCUAUAUAGCUUUGCUCUAAAUUAGGAAGAGGUGUUUGUCAGCUGGAUUUGCUUUUUAUAUUUUAGUAUAGUUGGCACAAAGCCAGCCUUAGAUGGUCCUGGGGAUGCCAACUGCUUCUGUGCUUUAUGCAUCAGGAUACUGUCAGAGAGGCUCAGCUAAGCAGGGAGGACACUGUCAGUAGGGAAUGGAAUUAAAUUAUCUCUUCCCAUUUUCAAAAGGACCUCAGAGUCGAGUGGGUCUGUAAUCCCAGCUACUUGGGAGGCUGAUGCAAGAGGAUCAAAAGGCCAGCCUGGGGACCUUGGGAGUCUGCUUCAAAACAGAACCAUAGAGGAGCUAGGGACAGGACAGAACCUCCUUAUUAUGUGAGUGCUCCUGGCUUUAAUUCUUUUAUUAAAGAGGCUGAAAAUUGGGAGCCUUCUCUAGGAAUGUCUGUUAUAAGUGAUACACAUAUUUUAGUCUUUUUUCCCUAAAAUUGUGCUGAGGUCCAUGUAUUAAAAGUAAGCUAGCGGUCAGGCUCUACAGGAGUCUAGAGAGGUUUUUUUCAUUUUCUUUGUAUUAUUGUAUAUGAGUGACUUUUUGAUACAAGAGAAGUAAAUCUUUUCAUGGUACUUGUUCCUAAAGCAUCCUAUAACUCUCACUAGCUUUCCAGGGUUGACCCGCAUUAAGUGUGGUUUUCUUGGAGCUGUAACAACUGGAUUGCUUAGGAAGUCUACUUGCAAACACUCACUGAGGAGACACUUACACUUAAGUUUUAAAAUAAUACUUUUUAUCCUGUAGCUUGAACUGUUUGUCAUACAUUCUUUUGUAGUAAAAUACAAGUCAGAUUUCAAUAAUCUAUGACUCAAAACUGGGAAUUUUAUCUUCUGUAACAAGUUUCAAUAAAGUUAGACCAACUUA